AUGGAAGAUCUCACUAUACAGUGGAACGGGCUCUCUCUAUCACACAGGGAAGGUCCUAAGCUCUGGCUACACUCAAAUUUGGCUUCUUCUGAAUAUACUAUUGCUACAAAAUUUUUGACAAAGCGACCUUUAAACACUGAUGCAAUUGCAGCAACUUUCAAGCCGUUGUGGAGAUCCAAAAAUGGCUUUAGGGUGAAAAACCUUGGUAACCAUGUUAUCUUAUUCACCUUUGACAAUGAGGAAGAGGUGGAUACGAUUAUGGCCAACGAGCCAUGGAGUUUUGACAAGCAUCUUAUGGUCCUACAACAAUAUGGUAAAGACUCAAUUGUGGAGGAACUAUCAUUUAAUCUUACUCAUUUUUGGGUGCAGGUCCAUGGUAUUCCUUUAGGAUAUAUGAACCCAACGGUGGCAGCGGGUCUCUGUGAAACUAUUGGGAAAGUGAUCAGCCACCCAAAAAUACCCAUUGAAGAUGGUGGAGGUUUCAUGAGAGUGCGGGUUCUUGUUGAUGUAUCUCAACCCUUAUGUCGUGGAAGAGUUAUUUGCCUUGAUGAUGGUAAAGAAUUAUGGGUUCCCUUCAAAUAUGAGCGGCUGCCUAAUCUUUGUUAUCGGUGUGGACGGCUUACACAUAAUGACCGUGACUGUGAGUUGUGGUUAGAUAGUGAAGGUAUUCUCAAGGAAACAGAUAAGCAGUAUGGUCCAUGGAUACGAGCUUCUCCAUUUGCGAGCUCUAGCAAGGCAGUGAUUACAAUAAUGAGGUUCUACCUUAAAAAUAAGGACACACCAAAAGGAGGUAAACUUGAUGGCUUAUCACAACGGCUGCCGGUGAAAGACAUGACAAAACGUGCAAGUGAAGUUCCUCAAACUAAUUAG